CUAUCCACACUCUCUUUUCUCAUUUGUUUUCAUGUUUUAUUUCUCUCUCUCUCUCAAUAUCUUCUCAUGAACUAAUCUCUACUUUACGUACCCUUUUUUCCGCUGAGUACUCCCACCUACACUUUGACUUGAUCCUUAAUUAAGCUCAAGAUUCUUCCACACCCAUUUCUGUUCAGUACUCAAAAUUAAAGCUCUUAUUAGCUUCCCGCACUUCUUCAGCUCCAUUUAUUUCCACAAACAAGAUAACAUCUAUUUUUUUGCUUAGCUUCCGUGUUUGAAGUUAAUUACAAGCAGGCACUGGUUGGUUAGAUAGUUGCUGUUCUGUUUGUUCACAAAGAAACUUGACAUAGUUUAUGGACGGAGAAUAGAUUCUUCCCAGUUCACGUGCAGAAGGAUUUCAUUUAAUUAUUCGAUGAAUUCAACCAUUGUGUCAUAGUUAUUUCCGUCGGAGAGGAAGCUUUAUAAUUGAACUGCCGGUUUAGUUUAUUUUGAAGUACAAUAAUGGCUCCCAAAACUGGGAAAACCAAACCUCACAAAGCUAAGGGAGAGAAGAAGAAAAAAGAAGAGAAAGUUUUGCCAACGGUCGUUGAGAUUUCUGUGGAGACACCGGACGACUCGCAAGUUACACUUAAGGGUAUUUCUACGGACAGGAUCCUGGAUGUGAGAAAGCUUUUAGCGGUACACGUUGAAACUUGUCAUUUGACUAAUUACUCCUUAUCACACGAGGUGCGAGGUGCUAGGCUGAAGGAUUCAGUGGAAAUCGUGUCCCUCAAACCCUGCCACCUUGCCAUCGUCCGGGAGGACUACAGCGAAGAUCUCGCCGUCGCUCACAUCAGACGACUCCUUGACAUCGUCGCAUGCACCACCUCCUUGGGCAAGUCCACCGCCAGCAGGUCCACUGUCAAAGAACUCGCCGCCGCCAAAGACUCUGUUUCCGUGGACAACGAACAGUCGCAGCAGAGCUUUGGCCCAGAAAAUGGGUCCCAAACGAGUCCAAAGCCCAAGCCCAGCGACCCGAAUUCGGAUUCUGGAAAUGCCAAGAGCGAGAAGGCAGAGAAAUUGGAGGGAGACAUAUCCAUGUGCCCCCCACCCAGACUCGGACAGUUUUAUGAUUUUUUUUCAUUUUCGCACCUUACGCCGCCGUUUCAAUACAUACGGAGAUCAAACCGUCCAUUCCUUGAGGAUAAGACAGAAAAUGAUUUCUUUCAGAUUGAUGUCAGGGUUUGCAGUGGUAAACCGACUACUAUUGUUGCUUCAAGAACAGGAUUCUAUCCUGCUGGAAAACGUCUUCUUGUCUGUCAUACUUUGGUUGGUCUUCUUCAGCAGAUAAGCAGGGUGUUUGAUGCUGCCUACAAAGCUUUGAUGAAAGCUUUCACGGAACACAAUAAGUUCGGCAAUCUUCCUUAUGGUUUUCGUGCAAACACUUGGGUUGUUCCUCCAGUUGUUGCUGACAAUCUAUCUACAUUUCCUCCACUUCCCGUGGAAGAUGAAAUGUGGGGUGGAAAUGGUGGUGGGCAGGGCAGAGAUGGUAAACAUAAAAAGAGACGGUGGGCCAGAGAUUUUGCAAUACUAGCUGCAAUGCCUUGUCAAACAACAGAAGAGAGGCAAAUUAGAGAUAGGAAAGCGUUUCUUCUUCACAGUUUAUUUGUCGACGUGUCGGUCUUUGAAGCUGUUUCAGCAAUACAGCAUCUUAAAGAUAGUAGGCAAAGCCCUUUCAGUGAUACAACUAUUCCAAUUUCCUAUGAAGAAAGAAUUGGAGAUUUGACUAUAAAGGUAACAAGAGAUGUAUGUGAUGCAAGUUUGAAAUUGGACUGCAAAAAUGAUGGGAAUAAGGUUCUUGGAUUGUCGGAGGAAGAACUUGCUCAGAGAAACUUGCUUAAAGGCAUAACUGCUGAUGAGAGUGCAACUGUUCAUGAUACUCCUACUUUAGGUGCAGUAAUUAUACGACAUUGUGGCUACACAGCUGUUGUGAAAGUUUCAGCUGAAAUGGAUUGGGAGGGGAGUCCUGAUUCCUUGGAAGUUUCUAUUGAAGACCAGCCUGAAGGAGGUGCAAAUGCCUUAAAUGUUAACAGCUUGAGGAUGCUGUUGCAUAAGUCAUCUACACCCCAAUUGUCAAAUACAACUCAACGACUCCAGAGCACAGAUAAUGAAAAUUCACGUUCUGCGGUGUCCUUGGUUAAGAAAGUUCUAGAGCAAAGUUUACAUAAACUAACGGAAGAACCCACAAGAUAUAAUAAGUCCAUCAGAUGGGAGCUAGGGGCAUGUUGGGUGCAACAUUUGCAAAAUCAAGCUACGGGAAAGACAGAGACAAAAAAGACGGAAGAAGCGAAACUUGACCCUGCUGUGAAGGGUCUUGGGAAGCAAGGUGGGUUGCUGAAGGAAUUGAAGAAAAAAAUUGACAACAGGCACUCUAAAGUUGAACAUGGGAAUGAUAUUUCCACCUGUAAUGGUGUUGAUAUAAACAAGCUAGAUGCCAGUCAACAGCAUUUAGAGAAACAAGAUGAAGAAAAGGAAACAAUAUGGAGAAAACUGCUUUCUGAUGCUGCAUAUACAAGACUCAAGGAAUCGAAAACUGGUCUUCAUCUGAAGUCACCUGAUGAAUUGAGGGAAAUGGCCUACAAAUAUUAUAUUGAUACUGCCCUUCCAAAGCUGGUGGCAGAUUUUGGCUCCCUUGAGCUCUCACCAGUUGAUGGAAGGACAUUGACUGAUUUCAUGCAUACUAGGGGCUUGCAAAUGUCUUCCUUGGGAACAGUGGUUGAGCUUGCAGAUAAGCUUCCACAUGUACAAUCACUAUGUAUUCAUGAAAUGAUUGUUCGAGCCUACAAGCACAUCUUGCAAGCUGUUGUUCCAGCAGUUGAUGAUUUUUCUGAUUUGGCUUCAUCGAUUGCCGCAUGCUUAAAUAUUUUAUUUGGAACACCAUCUUCUGAUUCUGAUACUAAUGAUGCCGAGAUAACUAGUUGUUAUGAAUUGAAAUGGAAAUGGGUAGAAUUAUUUCUUUUGAAGAGGUUUGGGUGGCAAUUUAAGCAUGAGAGUUGUCAAGAUUUAAGAAAGUUUGCAAUUCUUCGUGGACUGUGCCAUAAGGUUGGGGUUGAGCUGGUUCCGAGGGACUAUGAUAUGGAUAGAGCCUCUCCUUUCAGAAAGUUUGAUGUUGUAAGCAUGGUUCCCAUAUAUAAGCAUGUGGCAUGCUCAUCUGCUGAUGGUCGCACACUGUUGGAAUCGUCGAAGACGUCAUUGGAUAAAGGUAAAUUGGAAGAUGCUGUCAAUUAUGGCACUAAGGCGCUUUCAAAAUUAGUGUCAGUAUGUGGGCCUUACCAUAGAAUGACAGCGGGAGCAUAUAGCCUUUUGGCUGUUGUGCUUUACCAUACUGGAGAUUUCAAUCAGGCAACUAUCUAUCAGCAAAAGGCACUUGAUAUUAAUGAGAGAGAGCUUGGACUGGACCAUCCUGAUACCAUGAAAAGUUAUGGAGACCUUGCUGUUUUCUACUAUCGACUCCAACAUACAGAGUUGGCUUUAAAGUAUGUCAAUCGAGCACUAUAUCUUUUGCACCUUACUUGUGGACCUUCACAUCCAAAUACUGCUGCCACCUACAUUAAUGUAGCCAUGAUGGAAGAAGGAUUGGGAAACGUCCAUGUUGCUCUCAGAUAUCUUCAUGAAGCUUUAAAGUGUAAUAAAAGGUUACUUGGAGCUGAUCAUAUUCAGACAGCUGCAAGCUAUCAUGCAAUAGCGAUUGCUCUUUCUUUGAUGGAAGCAUACUCACUAAGUGUUCAGCAUGAACAAACAACCCUCCAGAUAUUGCAGGCUAAACUUGGCCCUGAUGAUCUAAGGACACAGGAUGCUGCUGCUUGGCUAGAAUACUUCGAAUCAAAGGCUCUGGAGCAACAGGAGGCUGCACGCAAUGGCACACCUAAGCCAGAUGCCUCAAUUUCCAGCAAAGGUCAUUUAAGUGUGUCAGACCUUUUGGAUUACAUAACACCUGAUGCUGAUCUGAAAGCAAGAGAAGCACAGAAAAAGGCCCGUGCGAAGUUAAAGGGAAAACCAGGCCAAAACUGGGAAACUACAUCAGAUGAAAAUCACAAGGUUGAAGAUGUGUCUCAAGGUUAUUCACUUGCUGAGACUACAAGUGACAAAGAAAAUAAAACAGAAGCUCAUUUGGAAGAACACAGGAUUCAUAAAGUUGAGACCACUCACUUAGAUGAAGCACAAACAGUACUGAACGAAAGCAAUAAUAUGGCUCAAGAUGACAGCUCAGAUGAAGGAUGGCAAGAGGCUGUACCUAAAGGUCGUUCACUUACAGGGCGCAAAACUGCUUCGUCGCGGAGGCCUACCCUAGCAAAACUGAAUACAAAUUUCAUGAAUGUUUCUCAGUCGUCAAAAUAUCGGGGCAAACCUACAAAUUUUUCUUCUCCAAGAACAAACAUAAAUGAGACUUCUUCCAUUGGUCCAUCCUCUCCUGUAUCAAAAAAGUUCCUCAAGAGUGCAAGCUUCAGUUCUAAAAUAAAUAGCCCCAACUCGCAAGCUGUUGGAGCAGAUAAAUCAGGGGAUUCAAAUUCAAAGUCAGCUCCGGCAAGUCCAGCUGAUAACAUAAAAGCUGCUGCUCCUAGCAGUGCCAUCAGUAUUAAGUCAGCAGGUAAACUUUUCUCUUAUAAAGAAGUUGCCUUAGCCCCACCUGGUACAAUUGUCAAGGCUGUGGCUGAACAGUCACCAAAAGGAAACCCUGAUGUGAGUCAUGAGAUAGUUGCAACAAAGGAGAUUGAUAGUUAUGUGCCAAGUACAAAGGUUGCAGAGGAAGAUUAUGGUCAGAAACCAAUCGAUGAUAAUCAGCAAAGCUUGGUACAUGAACACAAAGAAAAACAAUUGGUGAUUGAUAUGGUAAAAGGUAAUGAGGUCCAACAUGAGGUUGUGGAAGUUGAAUCCCAGGAGCAGAGAAUAGCCAAUGAUGAUUUGGUAGAUAAAAAAGUUGAAGAAGUUAAUAUCACUACCAUGGAGGUAGAGAAUUGGCAUAUAAGCAACAAUGCCUAUGAAGAUUCAUCAGUGAUAGAAGUGAUAGAAAUUUGCCAAGCAACUUCCUCUGAUCCAAAUCCCCUACCAAGGUUAGUUGAAGAUUCAAAACAUUUGUUUGACAACGAUGACUCUGUCUCAAAAGAGAAGGUCAAGGAAGAUGAGAAGCAACAAGUUAUUAAGACACUACCAGCCGAAGGAGAAAAGCAAGAUGCAUUAGAAACAGGAAAAGAACCAACCAAGAAACUGUCUGCAGCUGCACCACCAUUUAAUCCAUCUACAAUUCCAGUUUUUGGUUCAGUUCCAGUUCCAGUUCCAGUUCCUGUACCAGGUUUCAAGGAUCAUGGGGGAAUUUUGCCACCACCAGUAAAUAUUCCUCCCAUGCUUGCAGUCAAUCCCCGAAGAUCAGCUCAUCAGUCAGCAACUGCACGGGUUCCAUAUGGUCCGCGAAUAUCUGGUGGUUACAACAGAUAUGGGAAUCGUGUUCCACGGAAUAAAAGUGUAUUCCACUCCUCAGGUGAACACACCAUUGAUGGCAAUCCCAACAGCCCUCCUAGAAUAAUGAAUCCACAUGCAACUGAGUUUGUACCUGGGCAACCUUGGGUUCCAAAUUGCUAUACUGUACCUGCUAACGGAUACCUGGCUCCUCCAAAUGGAAUUCCAAUUUCACCAAAUAGUUUCACACCCAUGUCUCCAAACGAUAUCCCAGUGUCACCCAGUGGACUUCCUACUUCAUUAAAUGCUAUCCCAGUGAAUCAAAACGGGCUUGCAACAUCUCCAACCAGUUCUACAGAUUCAGCACAAGUUGUAAAUGUUGAACCGAAUUCUGAAAACAAGGAUCAAGCUCUCGAUGAGGAAAACAAAGAUGCCUCCUCAGCGGAGGUGAUCAUAUGUGAGAGUGAGCAGCAGCAAGCUGAGCAAAAUCCUGGAAAUGUAUCUGCUGCCAUUGAUGAAAAUUGUUGUCCGAGAACGGAAGAGAAGCAUGCAGGCUUUGGCUUGACAGCUGGUUGUAGUGAAGAGGAUAAAGUGACCACCAGCAAGGAAACAUUAGAUGAGGAAAAGCCAAGCAAGUGCUGGGGAGAUUAUAGUGAUGGCGAAGUGGAGAUGAUUGAGGUCGCAAGUUAAAUAAUGACAUGCUUUUUCUGACCUGUCAAGCUACCCUGAAUGUGAUGCCGGGGACUGGACUUAAAGUUCUUUAACCUGAAUUUUCACGGCGGAAUUGACUUAAAAGUUCUUUCAAGCAAUGUGAAUUUUAUAUACAUAUUAGUUCUACUCGUUUACUGUGAUUAAGAGGAUCAGGUUUUAUAGCCUGUUUUGGGAUGUUACCAUGGAAGGAUUUGUAGAUUAACUAUCUGGCACUGUCUUCAAUCUUUUCCUAAUAUAUAUAUUUUUCCUGAGAUA